AUGCCUGCCCGUAACGAAGGCGGUGGUGAUGCGAACACCUCAUUUAAUUUGAAAGUGAAAAUUGUCAGUGCUAGGAUUAGCAAGAACACCCACUCGGUCACACUAUCACGGCUUCGUAAACCCGCAUUCCGGUUAGACUAUAAUACCACAGCCUGGGAUGCUGCCCCUCCCUCAGAAUCGCCCUCAGAUCAACAGAUAACGUCCAAUGUCGGCUCGACACCCUUUAAAAACUCAUGGAAUCCCCACUUUAACGCCAAGACCCACUUUACCAUCUCAAUCAAUUCACAAAUCGAGUUUCGUGUUGUUGCGGACUGUGAUCCCGCUGUGGUGGUCGGCUAUUCCCGCUUUGCUGUGCGUGACGCCCUUCGUAACCAUGGCAACAGUCUGGAUGAUACGGCCUUCACACUGGACAUCAAUGCCCUUCCCUCUGAUCGUACUUCCGACGGCGAAGCGGUGGGCUUGAUUGGCAAACUCUACCUCCAAAUCUCCGCAAAUUCACGCGCCGUCAGCGCUGCAAUUGUCGCGUCAAACCUGUCUAGAUCUCCCAGUGCUCACUCUACUGGGUCGGUAUGUGCCAGUCCAGUUCUUUCCUGA